AUGGGGGAAUUUGAGGAGCAGCAGCAGCAGCAGUUGAGCCGACGAGAGAAACAGCACCAAGGCGAAGAUGGUGGUGAAGAUGACGGGAGACCUCGGAUCCCACUCAUGGCCCUGAACCACGUCUCGAGGCUCUGCAAGUCGGUGGAGGCGUCGGUCCGGUUCUACACGGAAGCGCUCGGCUUCGUGCUCAUCAACCGCCCGCCGACGCUGAAUUUUGACGGAGCUUGGCUGUUCAAUUAUGGAGUUGGGAUUCAUUUGGUGCAGGAGAAGGGUGGGGGAGGGGCUGAGGACGCGGCGACGGAGCGGCUGGAUCCUAUGGAUAAUCACAUCUCCUUUCAGUGUGAGGACAUGGAUGCAAUGGAACAAAAAUUGAAGGACAUGAACAUAAAGUACAUGAAGAGAACUAUCAAUGAGGAGGAAGGAGAACCAAUAGACCAACUCUUCUUCAAUGACCCCGACGGGUUCAUGAUCGAGAUAUGCAACUGCGAGAACUUGGAGCUUGUCCCUGCUGGUUCUUUUGGUCGAAUUAAGCUUCCACAAGAUCGACAUAAUCCUCCGCUCGAUAUGGAAUCUUCUGAUGAGACAACAUCUAAGUAGAAACACGAUGCAGAUGGACUAUUUGAAGACAGAAAUUUUCAUCUGUCCGCUGUGAAACAACGCGGACGAACUUUUAAGGGGAUGGUGUAUCUGGG